AUGGCGUCGCUAAAUCUAUCGACGAACGGCCCCUCGAUCAAGAGCAGCUACCAAGGCGUCAUCAAUGGCCCCGCCCUCUCGUCGACGUCUCCGACUGCGGCGCGGUGGGCACUUUUUACAGUGCAAGCGCCGCUCUUGAAUGCCUUUCAGAAUACUGGCGCGAAGGAGAGCGUCUUGAAGGUCGAAACCACCGGUGAGGGCGAGCUCGCCGAUCUCGUCGAGGACUUCAGCGAAGGCCGUAUCCAGUUCGCGUUCGUCCGAGUCAAAGACCCGAAUUCCGGCCUUCCCAAGAAUGUCCUGAUCGCUUGGUGUGGCGGGGGGGUUCCCGAACGCACCAAGGGGUACUUUACAAGCCAUGUUUCCGCCGUCUCCAAAAUUCUGCAUGGCUAUCAUGUUCAGAUCACAGCACGCUCCGACGCCGACGUCGUUCCCGAAGACAUCGUCCAGAAGGUGGCGGACGCGUCCGGGGCCAAAUACUCGGCGGGGGCGGCGUCCACACAAGCCCCGGCGGCACCGCCUCCGGUUGCCAAGAAACCCGUCUUCACCCCGACAACAUCUGGGUCUGGAGGCUCCUUCAACCCGAUCGUCGCUGCUCGUACCCGGAGGCAAGGAAAUACCGACGACGACGGUUGGGGUGCGGACGCACCCCCGGUCACACGCACCCAGGUUGAGAAGGUCGAGUCUGCCUAUAAGCCGACGAAGGUGGACAUUGCCAGCCUGAGGAAGAAUAAUGACGACUCGCGGUUUAACGGAUCCUCAAACCAAGACAACCGGCCGAGUGAUAUCGUCGGAGGGGGGUACCAGCCCGUGGGUAAGGUUGAUAUUGCUUCGCUCAGGGCGCAGGCGAAGCAGGAUGAUCGCCCCACCGUGGUGAAAGGCGCAUACGAACCCGUAGGCAAGGUCGAUAUUGCCGCCAUCCGAGCCAAAGCGCAACGCCCGGCCGAGUCGCAAGAAGAGUCGGCACCCGCGCCAAAGAGUCUUGCCGAGAGAAGUGCUGCUUUUACACCUUCGGAACGUCUUACCGAGCUACCGAAACCCAAGGUUGCAAAGAAGUUUGGGAGCACCCCCUUCAGCGGUACCAAGGCUCCGACUCCGGGGGGCCUGGGCUUUGGUGCGCCGGCGACCCCCGCCCCGCCACCUGUUGGCGCCGCCAGCCGGACAUUUGCCGAUCAAGGCGGCAAGACCCCGGCUCAGCUAUGGGCUGAGAAGAAGGCAAAGCAGGGCGGCGCGACCACCGGUUCUCCGUCCCCGGCUGUGACAACCCCGAUUACGGCCCAAAAGAGCGGCAGCGAGUGGAAGAGCGGUUAUUCAGGCAAGAGUUGGGCGCCGGUACAUACCAGCAACUUUGGCCGAGGCGGUGUGGAGAAGCAAGACACGGUAGAAGGCGAGCAGUUUGAGCAGGAGGUAGAGCAGCAGCCCGCGACGACGGGCGGCAGUAUUUCUGCGCUGCGCGACAAGUUCAAGGACGCCGCGCCGAUGGGCACCACAGCAAGGUCCGCCCCAGACGCCGCUGCUCGCGACGAGGAGGAAUCGGCCCCGCCACCCCCGCCAAUGGGUAACCGGCCUCCUCCUGGCGGCUUCGCUCUUCCCGGCCUACCGUCCCGGCCCGCAGCUGAGAAUCAGGAAGAGGAAGAGCAAGAGCAGCCCCCGCCCUCUAUCCCGUCCCGCAAUUACGAGGAACGCGAGCCGUCGCCUGUGCGAGUCGCGAUGCCGGUGCCCCGCAGCGCUGCGCCUGACAUUGAGCCCGCGGCCGAAAGCCUUCCUCCCCGGCCCGUUCCCGUUCCUCAGGAGGUCCCCAAGGAAGAGCAGCUUCCGGCUGAGCGCGAGACCCACAAUCCUCGGGCUGCCGCCGUUGCCGUCGCUGCGGCCGCUGGCGUUGCCGGCGGGGCCAUUGCCGGGGGGGCCAUAGCCCACGCAGCAGAUAGCGGAGCAAGCGCGGAGCCCGAGGCGACGGGUGGCAAGCGGGCCCUGAUCCAGUACGAUUACGAGAAGGCCGAGGACAACGAGAUUGAGCUCCGGGAGGGCGAGUAUGUGACUAACAUUGAGAUGGUCGAUGACGAUUGGUGGAUGGGUACCAACGCCCAGGGCGAGAGCGGUCUGUUCCCCAGCAACUACGUCGAACUGGUUGAUGAGGACGAGGGGGCCGGCGCCCCGCCACCGCCGGCGCCCGUGCCCGCGCCCGCGCCCGCCCCAGCAGUGCAACCGGAGGAGCCUCAGCCCGCCCCAGCCGGGCCCACGGCGACGGCGCAAUUCGAUUACGAGGCUGCAGAAGACAACGAGCUGAGCUUCCCUGAAGGGGCCACGAUCACAGACCUAGACUUCCCAGAUGAGGAUUGGUGGUUCGGCCACUACAAUGGGGCAUCUGGUCUGUUCCCCGCCAACUAUGUCCAGCUCGACUCCUAG